GUCUCAAUCUUGAAACAAAGUCCCCCCACCUCCCCCCUCCCAUCCCCAUCCUAUCUUCCCUUUUGCCGCAGUUUUCCUAUCACAGCUGGUAACAAUGGAAUCCGUUACUCGGAAGCCUGAAGUGAGCUUCCAGAGCCAUCGCAACAUGUCUUCUAAGCAGCAGCGGGAGCCAUCCCGACUAAGAGCUAGCCCCCAGGACGAGCUGCACGAUCUGCUCUGUGUGGGUUUUGGUCCUGCAUCGCUCGCAAUUGCAAUUGCCUUGAACGAUGCGCUGGAUCCUUGCUUGAACAAGUCCACCUCCAGCUCUGGCUGGCAGCCCAGAGUCUGCUUUCUAGAGCGUCAGAAGCAAUUUGCCUGGCAUCCAGGCAUGCUGCUGCCUGGAUCGAAAAUGCAAAUUUCCUUCAUCAAGGACCUGGCCACCCUCCGUGAUCCUCGCAGCAGUUUCACUUUCCUCAACUACCUCCACCAAAAGGAGCGGUUGAUUCACUUCACAAACCUGGGCACGUUCACCCCAGCCCGCCUGGAGUUCGAAGAUUAUAUGCGAUGGUGUGCGCAAAGAUUCUCCGAAGUAGUUUCCUACGGAGAAGAGGUGAUCGAUGUGGUUCCGGGCAAGAGCGAUCCCAUGAGCUCGGUUGUCGACUAUUUCACCGUUCACUCCCGAAACGUCGAAACCGGGGAGAUCUCCUCCAGGACGGCACGCAAGGUCGUGGUCGCGCUCGGUGGCAGUCCAAAGAUGCCGCCUGGUCUUCCCCAAGACCCUCGGAUCCUGCAUUCGUCCCAAUACUGUACCAACCUACCCGCUCUACUCAAUGACAAGCGCCAGCCUUACAACGUCGCUGUCCUUGGAAGCGGCCAAAGUGCAGCAGAAAUCUUUCAUGACCUCCAAAAGCGUUAUCCCAACUCGAAGACUACCCUGAUCAUGCGAGACACUGCCAUGCGACCCAGCGAUGAUUCUCCAUUCGUCAACGAACUCUUCAACCCUGAGAGAACUGAUAAAUUCUACAAUCUCUCCUCCGCUGAACGUCAACGCUCCCUCAAGGCCGACAAGGCCACCAAUUACAGCGUGGUACGGCUCGAGCUUAUUGAGCAGAUUUUCGACGACAUGUACACCCAGCGCAUUCAGAACCCCGACGAGAGUCAGUGGCAACAUCGCAUUCUGCCCGGCCGCAAAGUCACUCGAGUCGAACAUCAUGGACCCCAAAGUCGAAUGCGGAUACACGUUCGGGCUGCCAAGGAUGGAGCGGACAGCUUGGUUGGUGAUGGCAAAGAAACAUUGGAGGUGGACGCUCUUAUGGUGGCGACGGGCUACAACCGCAAUGCACACGAACAACUGUUAAAAAACGUGCAGCAUCUGCGACCGGCGGGGCAGGAUAUGUGGACCCCCGGUCGGGAUUAUCGGGUCGCUAUGGAUACCGACAAAGUUAGCGCCUAUGCAGGUAUCUGGCUUCAGGGCUGCAAUGAGAAGACGCACGGCCUGAGCGACAGUCUUCUGUCGGUUUUGGCCGCUCGAGGCGGAGAGAUGGUGGAUUCAAUUUUUGGUGAACAGCUCGCGGGUGCAGCGGUGCCGGCCACCAGAUUGCGCGCCAUGUUGUAAUACAAAUUUUCGGCCCAGGGAGUCAUUCGCAGGUCUCCCUCGUCGUCGACAUAUCUUGCGGAUGCCAACUAAUACUUUGAAGACUGGAUGGGGAAAAAAGGGAAUGGAGGCGAGAAUAGAGGGGUGUAAGAGUGCCAAAAGAGGCCUGCUUCAGGAUUUACCCCGCUGUAAACAGUAUAUCUGUCGAUCAAUUUCUUCGUUCCAGGUUGUACAUACUAUACUAU